CAGAUGUGGCCGGGGUGGGCUAUGGGGAGCAAUCUCUCUCAGGUAAAAAUAAAUUAUUAAGAUUAGGACCAAAAUGAUGCAAAUCCUUCAUUCACAAACAGAUCAUGAACUGGGAGCUGUGUGGAAAGACAACUGGAUUGGGAAUCAGGGUCCUGCCCUGGGUUUCUUCCAGAUUACCCUACCGAUCAGCCAUCUGGUCUCGGGUGGUCACAAAACAUCACCAGGACCAAGAAGGGGAGAGAAACUUAGAGUCUACCUCUCUUGGUGGGCAAGUUCUGCAAGAAUGUAUAGGACUGGAAUAUUAAUGUGGCCAUUUUUGGAAAAGACAAUCUCCUCCAAGAAAUUCUGUCCUUUUGGAUGUUACCUGCACUGCAUAUCUGCAGAGAAAACAUGGAAAAUUAGCCAGAUUGUCUCAGUUGCCCAGUUGAAUCACAAGAUUGGAGACCUGGGAUCGCUAAUUGUUCAACUCAGGCUUGUCCACUGCUCUGUGUGCUUAAUGCGACUUAAGACCAUGGCAAAAAGAUCUUGGAAAUCAUUUCCAUCCAUUAGUAUACGCUCUCUUUCCAUUUCUGUCAACCCUGAGAACUGUACAAUGGAGGAGGUGGAACUGAUAAAAACCACAGCAACAAAAGCAAGGCCUUGUUUGGGGCCAUCUUCUCCAGUUAGGACAAUAUCUAAUUCCAGAGGCAUCUGCUACAUCUUAGAAUGAAAAUGAUUUUCCUUCAAAAUCAAGACAAAAGACCAUGGAACACAGAAGCCUGAACUCCUAGAUAUAACAACUUGCUCGUGUUUUUACCAACUAAAUGAUGAAAGGUCCCCCAACAGGGGUGCCUAAGUGGCUCAGUUGGUUAAGCAUCCCACUCUUGAUUUCAGCUCAGGUCUUGAUCUCAGGGUUUUAAGUUCAAGCCCUGUGUUGAGGUCCAACUAGGUGUGGCACCUACUAACUAACUAACUAACCAGGUCCCCAAAAGCUUCCAGCAGUCGAUGAAGUUGAGAAAGAUGAACUAGCAUUGCAAUUACAAUAUUAAGUUCCACUUUUGCCUUCCUCAUAAUUGACUUUUAAGCUUUUUAAAGAAUGCGGAUUUCUACUGUGGUUUGCCAUAAUUUUUUUCCCUCAUUUUUACCGUGCUAGAACUUUGUCAGGACUCAUAGAUGAAUGAAUCAAUAAGACAGCAUAUGGUAAAUCCAUGUCUGCCGUUAACUACAAAUUUUCAAGGGGCCAGGCACCAUCCUUUUGCAUCCUUUGCAUCCUUUGUCCAUCUUUUCCCUCAUCUCCCUGUUCUUAGAAUAGCAGAACAUGCUUGGGAUUUACAAUUGGAAGGCCAAGAUGUUAUGCCCAGAUUGGAUAUUUAUUGCUUCUGUAUGCCUGAACAGUUGCUCCCUGAGUCCCACCUUCUUCACAUCUUAACUAGGGAUAAUCAGAAAACCCACUUGAUAUCAUUCUAGUCUUCUCUUUGUUCAUGCUUCUCCAGUCACACUAUGUUGAAUUUCUACAACAUGCCAAACUCCCUUUCAGGGAUUCUGUACUUGCUUUUCCUCUGCCUAACACACCUUUACUGCUACACACCAAAUAGGUGGCUUCUCAUUUUAGGUUUCAGCUUAAAUGUUACUUUAGUUAAAUCCUAUGGCAUCUUUCCUUGACUGUUCUAUGUAAAGUAGAUCACCUCACAAAAUUCACCAUUCCUGCACACUGUUUCCUUUAAAAAACGUAUAAUAUUCUGUACUUGUCUUAAUUAUGUGUGUAUAAAAUUUGUCUGUACAUCCACCUAUAAUGAUACCUUUUAAAAUGCUAGUUCAAAGGUUUCACACAAGUUGUGGCUCAGUUAAGCAUCCGACUCUUGGUUUCAGCUCAGAUCAUGAUCUCAGGGUCCUGGGAUCAAGCUCCAGGUCUGGCUCCAUGCUCAGCACACAGUGUGCUUGAGACUCUCAUUCUUUCUCUCUCUCUGCCCCUCCCCUAGCUCACACUUUCUCUCUCUCUCUAAAGUAAAUAAAUAAAAAUCUUUAAAAUGCUAGUUCAAGGUUUCACACAAAACACACUCUUAAUAAACAUUUGUUAAACAAACAUGUGAAUCUACUUCACGGACUUUGAGUGUAUUAAAGAUGCAAUAUAUGUGGGCAACAUUUUAAAUUAUUUUACCUGUACCAAUUUCUAGAUGCAAAUAAUAUUUCAUAAUGUUCAAAACUGUUCCUUAUCAGAUCAAUGAUUUGAUGCUACACCAAAAAUAGCAGUGUAUCUCUGAACUUUAUGGAUUUUUAGCGUAUGACAAAGUUUUAAAUGCUCACAUCCAUAAUUCUUGCAAUAUUUUCUUAAAGUGUGUCGGCUAUUUUAUCCUAAGUAAAUGGAUUAUGUGCAAAAUUUGAGUUGUGAAAGAAUAACACAUUGUGAGAGCUCUAAAUGUGUAAAUGAUUACAUGCAAAGUGAAGAAUUGCUUUCCCUUUUGCCUACCAGCCAAACUACUCAAAUUCCUUUGAUGUAGGAGUUAAGGGAGAAAGGAAAUAAAUAUAACCCUGAAAUGCCAGUCACAGAAGUGCCCAUCAGCUCUGAGUCCUGCCUUAAUUGAGCAUUGGAUAUGCAUGAGAAUGAGCUACUUGCCAAUGUCACAUGAUUUAUAUCCAUAAUCAGAAAAGUAUGAGGCUUAAAGUUCAGGUGCAGAUUGACAUUCUCUAGCCUGCAUGAAGCAGAUCAUGACCUUUCAAAGCCAUAAGCAAUCACUUAAUGUCCAUUUCUUCUCAGCCACCUGGAACAUCAAAUCAAGAAGCAUCUUUGGAAAGCUAAGAUUUUGAAUUGCAAAGUGAGACCCAAAUCAUCCAGCUAUUAAGCCUAAAGCUGGGCAAGGAGAAAUUAAUCAAGCAGUGAGUUUUUGAAAGAGAAAUGUGGCUUCCAUCUUUUAUACAUAAGGAGACGCAAACAUAUUGAAAACUUUUUCCAGAAACAACAUCUUUUGUGACUAGGAUCCUUUGAACAGUUUAAUGAUAAUGAGGUCUAGAGUCAACAUUAGAAACACAUGGAAUGGGUAUGUUGGUCCUUGGACACAUGAUGUUUCUAGGAUCAGUCACGAGUCCAUAUGCAUGUAACAAUGUGAAGGCUCUCAGAGUCAUGGGAUCUGCCUCUAGUCCUUUAUUUAAUAGUUUUCUCAAACU